AUGCAGAGGCAGAAGCUGAUAAACUUUGCCAUCAAUUCUGUUGGAGCCUCCAGAAACAGUUCUGCUUCUGCUGCUGUUGCCAUCAAGUGGAUUCUCAAGGAUGGUGCAGGGCGUGUUGGAAAAAUGCUUUUUGUGCGACAAGGAAAGAAAUUUGAUUAUGAUUUGAAACAGUUAUGGUUUGCUGGGGAUCUUUUAAUGGAGCUGGGUGCUGGGGUAGAGUUGGCUACUGCUGCUGUUCCACACCUCUUUCUCCCACUUGCUUGUGCUGCUAAUGUUGUCAAGAAUGGUGCAGCUGUAACAUCAACAUCUACUCGUACACCAAUCUAUAAAGCUUGCUAA